CUAAUGGAGAACAUGUCUAUAUGGUUAUUUCUCUAAACGACUGUCUACCCGCUUAUAUCUUUACAGGUAGAUAGUUAUGUUAGCAGUUUAGGUAACACGGUGCUACAGCUACCCAGUACAGACCGCGGUGGCUUGCUAGCAUUCUAGUUAGGUUUGAAAAGCAUCCAUUUUGAGAUUGACCAGCGAGCUGCCUUACACUAGUUGUAAUUCGUUAAGGAUAGGGAUUUAGACCUCCUCUUCCUCUGUCCUCGAUGCCAACCAAAAACAGACGCCGAAGAAGCACAAGAAAAAGCGUGCACUGGGAUCUCAUUGGCGACGUACCUGAGGAGGUGCCCUUUCAUCAGAGCCCUUCUUCCCCGGGCCGACAGGAUCAUGGCCAAAGAUGUUGGUCUGAUGGAAACUAAUGAACUGCAGCUUUUCAUCGACCAGAAUCUCAGUCCCAGUAAAGGUGUCGUGUCUAUGGUGGCGGUCCAUCCUGCGUCCAUCCCCGUUACCAAGCAACUGCUGCCCAAAACCCUGGGACCCUCAAAUGUCAACAUCGCUCCACACAUGGUUCUCGGCACGCCCCAGAGGGCCAGUGUUUCCAGUGCCAUCCUGGUGAACAGCCCUCACACACCCAGCUCCCAGUUCCUCACACAGGGCCAGGCCGCCGACGCAUCGCCGUGGUCGUCAGGGAAACGAGGUAAGAAGGGAGAGAAGAAUGGCAAAGGGCUGCGACAUUUCUCCAUGAAGGUCUGUGAGAAGGUGCAGAAGAAGGGUGUCACCACCUACAACGAGGUGGCAGAUGAGCUGGUGGCCGAGUUCAGCGCCGCAGACAAUCACAUCUCCCCCAAUGACUCGCAUGUGUAUGAUCAGAAGAACAUCCGUCGGCGUGUCUAUGACGCGCUCAACGUCCUCAUGGCCAUGAACAUCAUCUCUAAGGAGAAGAAGGAGAUCAAGUGGAUCGGCCUGCCCACCAACUCUGCCCAGGAGUGCCACAACCUGGAGAUAGAGCGGGAGCGGCGGCUGGAGAGAAUCAAGCAGAAGCAGUCACAACUCCAGGAGCUCAUAUUACAGCAAAUAGCCUUUAAGAACCUUGUGCAGCGCAACCGGCAGACGGAGCAGCAGACCAACCGACCUCCGGCGCCCAACUCUCUCAUCCACCUCCCCUUCAUCAUUGUCAACACCAGCAAGAAGACCGUGAUCGACUGCAGCAUCUCCAAUGACAAGUUUGAGUACCUGUUCAACUUUGACAGUAUGUUCGAGAUCCACGACGACAUCGAGGUGCUGAAGCGCAUGGGCAUGGCCUACGGGCUGGAGGGGGGCAAGUGUUCCCCGGAGGACCUGAAGGUGGCACGCAGCCUUGUGCCCAAAGCUCUGGAGCCCUAUGUCACAGAGAUGGCCCAAGGACCCAUCAGUAACGUCUACAUCACCGGGGGGUCGUCCACCAACGGGGGGCGCUGUCAUGGCCAGAGCAGUGACUCUGUUGCUGAUGGCACCCUCGCCUCCAGUUCUAACGACUCUCACUACAGUGGCUCCCGUGUGGAGACCCCAGUGUCGUACAUGGGGGAUGAUGACGAGGAGGAUGACUACGAUGAGAAUGAUGAUGAAGAUUAAACUCCUGCCUGCUCCAGCCCGUCACCUCUCCAGCAAGCGCAGUCCGUCUCUCUCUGUCUAUCUGGCUGUCUCUCUCAGGGUGUUGAAGAAUGUUUGGGUGUGCAGGGCGGGCAGAACUCCUCUCCGAGGCGGGCUUCUGAAUCAGAUGAUACAGAAGGGCACUCUGGGAGGUGUUGUCUAUGCCUUUGCCACUGGGCCGCAGCCUUUCUGUGUAAUCUCCCACUUCUUGGCAAGCCAUCUACUCAAGAAUAACGCAAAAAAUAAAGUAAUAAGAUAUUCAAGGCAACCCACUGCUGUUGGAGAAUAUAGUUUUCCUGGCGUGUGAAAUAGUCAUUUCUAUUAUUAUAUUUUGAUUAAGACUCAAUCGGUGGUGAACCACUGUUUCAAGAUGGUUGCCAGUGCUGAUGCCCUACAGAACGCCGGCUCAUAGACUCUCACUGGAUCCAAAAUGGCCGGUCCAGUUGCCGCAAAGCCCUAAGAAAGAUGGGGGCUUCCCUUUUGAAAAUGUGGACACAUUGUAUAUUAAAAAUUGUUACACCCCAAUUAUCUCCCCCAGUGUGCCAGCUUCCUGCUGUUCUGCAGGCAGCUGCUGUUCUGGUCCUUGUUUUUCUGAUUUGAAGUGUGUUUCUGUUGACUCCACAAACCGCUCUGUCUCCCCGUGUGUUUGCGGAAGACUGGCACCAGCGAUGAAAAUACUGAUCCUUUACAGCCUUUUUAGGAAAAUGUUAAGCUAUGUGAGCGACUGAACCCGAUCCUAUUAGAAUGAUAGUUUAUAGUGUCCUUUGCAGGUUAGCAGAAAAAUGAAGACCUGGACAUUAUUGAUGUAAUAAAUUUGUGGGUUGUGUAGGUCUCUAUCGACUUCUUUCCAAGAUCUUUGUAAAACUGAACAACACAUGUACUGACUCCCAACAAAAAAAACUUUCUGUUAUCUAAGGUACGUUUGUGAAUUAAAUGUAGAGAAUGUUUUAA